AUGUCGGUAGUUCAUCCGAGCACCCAAUCUGUUAUACACAUGAAGUCAGAAUUUAAACAAGGUAGUCAAAUAGCGACAACACAGUGGUGUACUGAGGCGCCUGUGUUGUCUGAUCGACUGUAUAAUGUCUUCCGGUUUUCUACUGACUUGAGAAUAGAAAUAUACGGCGAGAGUGUCUACAUACAGCAGCCAACAUCUGGGGAAAUGUUAUGCUUGGUGCUCGAUGUAACUGAUAACGACAACGGAACUGCAUUUUUACUGAUACCUGAAGACUUGAGCAAACACAUAGAUGAUCUAACAGUAUAUCUGAGAACAAAACAUCACCCUAGAGGUGUAGGGAUAAGCAUGGGUGAGGCAAUACAUGUGAAUGAUGAACAUUUAUCUUUUUGGAACGGGUAUAAGGCAUUCACUCCAACUCUUCCAUACCCGAAGCUAUGGGUGGGUUCUUAUACAGAAAUUUCAAUGUUUAUAAUGAAGUUUGAAGGGAAAGAAAGCUAUUUCAAGUCAGCAAGUAGCACAGAGACGCUGCUUUCCUCAGUCGAUCCAUAUAGCAGUAUAUCUACACUUGACGUCACUGUUGCUCCGUCAUUUGAUAUACAUGUCCUUGGUAAAGCAUUCACGGAAACACUUGGUAUGUUGUCAUUUGACAUCGACCUUUAUCGAAAUGAGCAAGGUUUUAAUCAAUGUGAUGAAAACAUCGUUCCCGAUGGACUUUAUUUUUCCUUAAAAACAACAGUGGACCCGUUUAAAAACGUACCAAUUCUAAGGCACUGGAGCCCAUAUCAAGAUCCAGCCCAAGUAAUUGACGUGCUGAUAGGUUGUCGUUGGACUGAACCUUCUCAAAUUAAUAUUUCAAGUUUUCUUACAGAUUUAAAUGAAACUAUAGGAGACCUUCUAGCAAUGCAAGAUGAGGUAAAAUUUAGUGACUUGCCAGAUCAGCUAUUUCAGAAAGUUAUCAUAAUGCAAUCUGCUAUUAACAAAUACUAUGACGGGCUAUAUGGCGCAAGAGAACAACGCAUGUUUCUGCAAAAUAUUUGGUUUUUAUAUAAGAACAUUAAACGUCAAGUCACACUGCUUCAUGACACCGUAGAAUUUUCAGUCUCACAAACAACUGACGCCUUUAUGACAAAUGUUAGCGAAAAUAUUGAAAAAGUAAAAAAAGUAUUGAAUGAUAUGAUCAAGCGAUUUUAUAUGCAAACUAAAUCGUUAUCAACAUGCACGUCAUUAGGAUUAAGAUAUUCAGUAGACAUAUCUAUGUUCUUUGGAGAAGAGUCCAAAAUCAAAUUAGGAUGGUUUAAUAUAGAAGUAUUUUACUCAGAAAAUAUGUUGCAGUGUAGUAGAUUCGACGCUGUUUCAAAGCUGUUAAAUGGUCAGGCGUCUUUGAGAGUAAUUGGACAAGCCUCACGAAGUAAAAGUAUUGGACGCUUUUUAGAUUUGGAAAUAGGUGGCGGCAUAGGACUGGCAAUGUCACUUGAAAAGUAUACUGCUGUAAUGCAAUUUAAUAGUUUUAUUAAGAUACUAGGCGUUGUAUGUACCGUCGACACAUUGGUUACUUUUGAAGGAAUUUUCGUGUACUAUGAAACGAAUAUUUGGAACACAUUUUUCUCACAGAUCGACGUUAUCAUUAGCCAUAAUUCAUUCAAUAACCUGCUUUUCGACGUAAAUGGCCGAUUUGUUGCUAAUGAUAGAAAGAAAAGGCAGACACAGACACGAACGGACUCUUUCUCUGGCUCAUAUAUAAGUGCCUUGAAGAAGCUCACAAAUAUGAUUGCUGAUAAAGUGAAUACGAGAAUAACACUUGUACAGAAUUCUUUUACUGAUGCACAGACCCAGCUAACAAAAGCUCAAGCUUCCUUAAACAAAAUGGAAGGUGUCUUUUUAAACAUGAAGGAGAGUUUUGAUAAAGCAGAGGCUGCUCUUGCAGUAGCAAGGAGAAAAGUAGACGAAACAAGGAAGCCUUAUUUACGUGCAAUAGAAGAAUUAAAUCGAAGAAAGAUAAAAGUGAAGAAUCUAUGUAGAAUACGAAAAUGCGACUCCUUUUGUAUCCCUGGAAUUAGAUGUAAAAUAUGUUCGAAGAAAAUCUGGUUUGCUCGAGUUUAUUACCCAUGCUGUUAUUUUACCAGAUGUAUGUUUCGAAUUCCCGAUCCAGUAUGUAUAAUCCGAAAUAUAGCAUGUAUGAUUAUACGGACAAUAGCAUUUGCUGCUUUAGAAGCUGCUAAAAUAUUUGUGAGAACAGCGAUGAUUCCUUUCGAUAUUGCUAAUCUUGCACUAACUGCUGCUGAAUUCGUUCUCGAAAAGUCUCGUUUGUCACUUGAAAUUGCAGAACACGUAUUUGACCUCGCUAAUGCAGCAUUAGAAAUGGUGAAAAUCUCUUUUGAAAUGAUAAAAGUAACAUUAGAGGCAGUAAAAGAAGCAGUUAGAGUAGCAGCAACAGUUGCCCAAAUGAUAAUAGAACAUGGCUUGCAAAAAAUUGUAGAUGUACGAAAUUGUGGGUUUAAUGUUCAAAUAAGUGAUAGGGACCUCCCAAUAUUUUAUGUUUACUGCGAUAUAAAUCUAUUCAGAAUGGGUUGGAUGAAAGUAGAGUUUCCAAUUAAUUUCUUACAUCCAUACUUGAGCAUAUAUCAUGCAGCAAAAGCAACAGUAAAAACAGCUAUGCGAAUAUUAAAAAGACGAAGAAAGAGAAGUGCUUCUUUUAAAGCAUUCUCGAUAAUAUUUGAUCAUCUUCGCCGCUCGAGAAGUGACGAUAUAGAUAUUGUUUACAUAAAUGAAUCGCUAGGGUUUGAAUAUAAUGCUAGCACCGAUUACGAUUACAGGACUAAAUUAUUCGCUGAGAAAUGUCGCAUGAUAGUGAAAAUCGAAGACUUUAUGUCAACUUCCUUCGAGUAUUUAUACACACUCGCAAACGAUUCAAACGAGAUUUAUAAUAUUGCAGACCAGUUUGAAGCUGAUAUUUCUUUAAUGGACAUAAACACUUUUACAGCAAAUCUUUCUUUUGAAAAUAUGGGUGUAAGCAGAGACUACGCUCAAGAGGAUUAUAAUCUAACUGACGGAGAAAUUGAUGCUGCAGAGGAAGAAGCAAAAAAUGAAGUUAUGAAUAAUUCGAUAAUAAAUGAUUUUAAUGCAAGAGUGAAUGCGUCAAGAGAAAAUACUGCAGCUGAACUGAAUAACAUUGAAUCAGUUGAUUUCUCAACCCAAUGGAUGGCUCUUAUGAAUGGUGUCACAAAACAAUUCUUUGAGGAAGAUAUAUGUGCAGGUUUCCAAGACUGUAUCCUACACUGUUUCACCGAGCUUUACGAUCUUUACGAAGAGGAAGAAGUACCAAACGUGGCCUUGAUUCAAGAUGCUAUCAUGCAGUUAGACGAAAAUGUUACAAGCAUGUUUCUGAACACAAAUGUCUCAAUUAAAGAAAUGGUGUCAACGAUGAAAUAUGUUGUGUCGACUCUUGAACUCGUAACAAAGCUAAAUCCUUUCUGCGCCAUCCCUCCGACGUUCCGACUUCAGUUGAAUAACAUAACGGCGGUAGUUGGAUCAGAAGUUGUAUUUCCUUGUGACGCAAUUGGAGACCCAGAACCAGAUGUUUGGUGGUAUAAAGAUGGCGAUCGUAUUCCGGGACAACAUAUGGCCUACUUAAUUAUACCUAAAAUCACACCCAAAGACGAAGGUGUCUACUAUUGUGAGGCUGGCAAUGUAGUCGCAAAUCUGUCCUCAAAUGAAGCACAUUUAUUUGUCAUAGAAUUCAAAGGUCGAAAGCCAGUAGUAGACAAUAUAAAUGCUUUCGUCUAUGUAUUCUUUGCUGUGGCUGCUGUAGUUCUCAUAUGCAUCGUGGUAUGCUGUAUGGCAAUGCAAAAGGCGAAGAUCAGAAACCAAAACCGCAUACGUGAUAAGUACAUGCAUCAAGAAAGUGUGGAAGUGCAGGAAGAAAAGUCCAUCAAGACUACCGACGUGCAAACAAUGCACCAAGACAACUCCGAGAUAGGAUCAAAGGAUGAAAAGGAAGACGGGAUGGCGGAAGAAAAAAUACCGGGCUUGAUAAAUGUACAGGAGGCACAAAUAAACAUCACAAUAUAAAUGUGAGAUUAAAAAAUAAUCACACCAUUGAUAUAUUGUAGAUAGUUACGUAUUGGCUUCAUAGUUACAUGACACUUACCUUAUUGGCCAGUGUCGCUAGGCCCAGGACAGUAUGGCAGCCCAAGGUCACAAUAAAGUAAAUUAUAAAAUCGCAUUCUUUUAUCUAACUAUAUAAUAUUUAUCAGCACUAUUUAUCAUGUUAACCAUAGCGGGGAAUAGAAAUUUUUCUGUUUUCUUAAUGUAAACGUGGUUAAUUUUCAAUAUUACUUUCAAAAAAGAUAAACCAAAGCUGUUACCUUUGUCUUCUAUUCGUAUAAAACGUAUUGCUUUCAAGCUGUAAUUGCUAUCAAAUAUUCAUGCACAGCCAAUGUACUAGACGCAAUUCCAGGUAUCUUUAUACCGGAACAUCCCCUAAUUCGUCUUUAAAAUCAACUGACUUGUUUUAUUUUUGUUAGUACAAUUAUAUUAAAUUUGCCCUAGAAUUGUGUUACAUUAGUGGAAAUUAUUUGAGUGUAGAACUGUGUUUUAACGUUUUUGUAUCUUAUUCAAUGCAACAAAAUCGAUUCAACAUAAACAUGGCACUGAAUGACAUUACUUAUCACAGAUGCGUUCUUUUAACUCGUUACAAUGGCUAACUGUAUUUAUUUUAAACAUUGCGUUCAGAAAGGAUAAGAGAGUAAAAUGUUUCAGUGAAAUGAAUUGGCUUAUUUAUGAUUUGAUUCAUAUUUUAUUGUGUAGCUUUGUCGUUUACUUAUUUAUGUGUUUCCUGUUUUGGAAUAUCUAGAAUAAAGUUAUCUGUGAUGCUUA